CGUCAUCUGCGCAAAAAGGCAAACGACAGAGCAGCAAGUUCUGCAACAAUCACCAGCAGUAGCCUAAUAAAAAUGGAUGACAAUAUCUCAAGUUUGGAAACAGAUGUACCUUGUAACAAACCAGAAGUAGUUCUCACUAUUUUACACUUUAAUGAUGUGUACGAAAUAGAAGCAAGACCAGAAGAACCGGUUGGAGGAGCCGCAAGGUUUGCCACUGCUCUAAAAGUAUUCCAGUCGCUGAACCCUUUGGUCGUUUUCAGUGGUGACUGUCUGAGCCCUUCCUUGCUAAGCACAGUCACAAAGGGAAAGCAUAUGGUAGAUGUUCUAAAUAAAUUAGGAGUCCACUGUGCCGUGUAUGGCAAUCAUGAGUUUGACUUCGGUGUGGACCUCUUGGAAGAACAGACUAAAAUUAUGACCUUCCCAUGGUUCCUUAGCAAUGUGUAUGACAGGUUCACUAGUGAAACGCUGGGCCAUGGCUUGGUCAGCAGCAUCCUGGAGUGGAACGGCCUGAAGAUCGGUAUCAUGGGCCUGGUAGAGGAGGACUGGCUGGAUACCCUGAGCACUGUGGACAAGAACAACAUCAACUAUAUAGACUAUGUGGAGACAGCAGAUCGGCUGUCUGCUGAGCUGAGGGACAAAGGGGCUGACCUGGUCAUCGCACUCACACACAUGAGGUGGCGUAAUGACAUCAGGCUAGCAUCCGAGUCCAACGGUGUGGAUCUCAUCCUGGGAGGACAUGACCAUGAGUACGGGGUUCUGGAGGUCAGUGGGAUUCUGAUCGUGAAGAGCGGCUCAGAGUUCAGGUACCUUUCCAAGAUUGAUGUUGUGAAGGACCAGGAUGGGACUUUCAAGUACAGCUGUGAAAAGAUAGCCACAGUGAAAGACCUUGAGGAAGAUGCAGAAAUCCAGCAGAUUGUGAAAGGAUACACUGAUAAUAUGCAGCACAUGCUUGGAGAGGUCCUGUGCCACACAGACGUGGCCUUGGAUGGACGCUACGCCACCGUGAGACGAGCAGAGUGCAACCUGGGUAAUCUGGUCACCAAUGCCAUGCUGGAGGCCACUCAUGCUGAGGUGGCAUUUUUAAACUCAGGUACUCUGCGUUCUGACCGCUUACACCCGGUGGGCCCCCUGACCAUGCAUGACCUGCUGCAGAUCCUGCCCAUAAAUGACCCAGUGCUGGUGGUGGAGGCCACAGGGCAGCAGCUCUAUGAGGGCCUGGAGAAUGGAGUCCGCAACUACCCUGCUCUGGAUGGAAGAUUUCCCCAGGUUUCUGGGAUCCAGUUUGGCUUUGAUCCCAAUGGAAAACCUGGCCACAGAGUCAUCGCUGAGACUGUGAAGGUUCAAGGCAAGAGUCUGGAUAGAGACAGAAAGUAUGUGGUGGCCAUGAAAGAAUUCUUAACUAAGGGCAAAGAUGGCUACACCAUGUUCAGUGGCUGUCCUCAUAGGAACGACAUAGAGAAUGCUCAGAUCCUGUCUACUGUCCUUAUCAACCACUUUGAGUCUGGCCAGAUCUUCAGAGGCAUGAAGAGGUGCAAGUCUGGCCACAGGAUGGGCCUUAUCAAGGUGUCCAGCAGCCCCUCUGUGUCUGCCAUUGAGAGAUCCAAGAGUGAGAAUCUGGAGGGAGAGGUGAGAGUGGCUGUGGUGCCCGGAGUGGAGGGCAGGAUAUUCCAUGUCCACCCUGAGGGCCAUUCAGAAACAGAAAGCUAACAGUGGGCAGGGCUCUUCCUCAUCUGAGAAUACCACAGAGCAACUAAGCCAGGACUCCAUAGUCACUGUGUGAGCCAGGGGACAUUACAUCAAGUAUUUCGCAUCUCUCAUCUGCUGCUUGCUUUUUAUCAGCCUCAUAAACAAGGCGGACUGUCAAUAAACGCUUGGACAGCAACAUGAGAUGAAAGUAAUUAAUUGUAUUACUUCCAGGAACAAACACUAAUUGUUUUGACUUGAAGUUGUAAAUGCAAUUCAUUGACAUUGCACUCAAAAUUACUCAAAAUAAUUUCAGUCAAUAAAUGUGAAUAUCGAAAACGAAUAUAUUACCAAAAAUGUAAUUACAC